CCGCCGCCGCCGUCCGUCCGUCUGUCUGUCUGUCUGUCAUGGCCGCCGUGAACAAGUCGGUUCUGUUCGUCUGUUUAGGUAACAUUUGCCGGUCUCCAAUAGCCGAAGCAAUCUUCAGGAAGCUGGCAACAGACCAAGGUGUCGUUGACAAAUGGAGGAUAGACAGUGCAGCAACAUCAACAUAUGAAAUAGGAAAUCCUCCUGACUACAGGGGCCAGAACACUAUGAGGAAAUAUGGCAUUACCAUGAGUCAUAUUGCCAGGCAGGUAACCAAAGACGAUUUCAGAACAUUCGAUUAUGUCCUUUGUAUGGAUAACAGCAAUUUGCAAGAUUUAAAAAGAAAAGCUGACAAAGUGAGUGACUGCAAGGCUAAAAUACAACUUCUUGGAACAUAUGACCCACAGCACCAGGAUGUCAUUGAAGAUCCCUAUUAUGGCAGUGAAAAAGACUUUGAAAGAGUUUAUGAACAAUGUUUAAGAUGUUGCAAAGCAUUCCUGGCGGCCACCUCUUAACAGACCCAAGGAAGGGCUAAUAUUAUCACGUGUUAGAAAAAGCAAAAUUGACAGUUCUUUAGCACAAUCCCUGACAGCAUUGAUGGUUUCAGACUUAAUAACAAAAAUAAAAAAUCUCAGAAUGAAAAUCACUGUUAAAAAUAAAGUAAUUAUAUUAGCUUUGCUGCAAAUACUUUGUCAUUUAUAAGCUUUACUCACUUGCAUCCGAAGAGGCAAUGUACUUCCAUAAUUAGAUAGACAAACCUGAAAAUAUCUAACAUUGUCAUUUCAUAUUUAAAAAACUAAAACAUCUGGUUUAAAUCUUGUAAAUAGUUGUCUGUUGUCAUAGGAACUGGUGAGUGAAAUGUAAAUGGAGUUACUUGAAUUCACUAUUUUUGGUAGUCAUCUGUUAUGAACUACCAGUGGGAGAAAUUAGAGUUGGGUACAUUACUUACCUUUUUAAUUUUAAAUUUAGGAUUUAAACAUAGUCUGUUUCAAAAAUAAAAAAUAAUUACAUGACCAAAACUUUACCAAUUCGUACAGCAGAAUGCUUUCUUUUAUGGCAGUGUCAACACACUUGUAAUUUCAUUUGAAGAAAUGCUACAUUUUCUGGUAGUUAUAAAACAACUAUCUUGAAUUUCACUUUCACAAAUGAAGAGUUGUCCUGGACAUAACACACUUUCCGUAACAAUUACUGAAUACAAUGCUUAGUCUUUCAAAUAUUAGAAAUUGACAUUCAAAAUAUAUUAGGAACUGAAACUGACAGUUAAUCUGCAAAAUGUUUGGUUAUUGCUGUCUGCAAUAAAAUCCUGUUCUUCAUCAAA